AUGUCGAAUAAAGGGUGCUUACGAGGGCGUAUUGCCCUAGUAACGGGUUCCACCAGUGGAAUAGGAUUAGCAAUAGCGGAAAGAUUGGCUGAAGAUGGAGCUAAGGUCAUCGUAUCAAGCAGAAUUCAAGAAAACGUCGAUUGUGCCGUAAAAAAAUUAACAUGUAAAGGUUACGAUGUCUGUGGAAUAGCCUGUCACAUAGCCGACCCCGAACAUAGGAAAAGGGUGAUUGAGCUGGUGGAAAAAAUGGGAGGCUUGGACAUAUUUGUUCAAUGUGCAGGAGUGAAUCCUUUCAUAGGUCCUAUUUUGGACAUUCCCGAAGAAAAAUGGGACAAAACCAUUGGAGUCAAUUUAAAGGCCACUUGGCAACUGACUUGCGACCUCGCCAGGUUUUUGAAAAAAAGUAAAAACGGACGGAUCAUUUAUAAUUCCUCAAUGAGUGCCUACAUGCCAGUUUGGGUAAUACACAAUAUACUCAAUAUACUUUUAUCUCCCAUUUUUAAGAUUUUCCAUCUUACUUUAUCCUCAUACCUAGUAUUCCAACAAAAUAAAUUUCUCUUUUAAGAACCUAG